AUGAAGGUCUGCAUCGCACUUGAAGAGCGCGGCUACCGGCUGCUAGAGGCCUGCCUCCUCAACGCCGCCUAUUACGAUGACGGCACGCGCGAGAGCCGCUUUCUGCGGGUGGCGACUGAGUGUGCGACUGCGUUGGACGCUGAGGCAUGGGAGCAGAUGUCGGGAGGGGCAGACAGCCCAGACCCUGCCGGAUCGGCAGAGAGAGUCGCGGCGGCGACUGAGCGCAAGACCGCCUCAAAGGGUAAGCAUGGCAAGAAGAAGGGGAAGAAGCGCCAGCGCCUGCUGCGGCGCUGCUGGCGCUCGGCCGAGGCGGCGGAGGCUGUUGAUCCCAUGAAGUCCCUAAUCACGCUUGUGUGCCUCGCCGCAUCCAGCACGCCCAUCACACCACUGGACGAGGGCGACGUGUGGGGCGACGUGGUGAUUUCGGGCGCCGCCGAGGGUGGCAGCAACAGCAGCGCGCCAUCCUCCAUCCUCGGUGGUGACGAGGGAGGCGUCGAGCGAGGCGCCGCUGUGCCUGUGGACGCGGGCGAGGUGGGCAGCGGGGCGGAUGCGGAGUGGGCGGCCGAGUCGGCCGAGGCGGCCGAGAGCUGCGUUGGCGUCGCCGGCGAGGGGCUCCUUCACUGCUACCUUGAGGGGUGCGUCGCAGAGUGCUCCAACGAGAUCGCGCCCGCCCUCCUCCUCCUCCUCCUCGUCGGGAUGUCUGCGCACACCUUUGGCUCGCUGCUGUCCGGGCUCGGCUUCCCCGCCAUCACCACAUUCCUCUUCUUCGGCGUGGUCGCCGGACCGUACGGCUGCGACGUCCUCUCCUCCGACGAGUCCCGCCGCCUCCUCUGGCUCAACGACGUCGCGCUCGGCUUCAUCGGCCUGUCGGCGGGCGGCAAGCUCCACCUCAACGAGGUGCGCGAGAACCUGUCCGCCGCCGUCUCCGUCCUGACCGGCCUCGUCUCGGUUACCUGGGUCGCGUCCGUGCUGAGCACCCUAGCCCUCGGCGACCUCUUUCUCCCCUUCCUGGUCGAUUUGCCGCUGUCGCACCGCAUCUCCGCCGCGCUGCUCAUCGCCUGCCUCGCCGUCGCUCGCUCGCCCUCCUCCGCCAUCGCAAUCAUCGAGGAGCUGCACGCCAAGGGCCCCUUCACCACCACCGUCCUCACCGUCACCGUGCUGAUGGACGUGGUCGUCGUCCUCCUCUUCGCCCUCACACAGCUCGUCGUCAACGCCCUCACCGCCGCCGGAGAGGCCGAGGGCGGCGAGGGCGGGGCCGCGGCCGGCGCCAUGCUCCUCCUCGCCUUCCUCAAGCAGACCCUCCUCUCGGUCGUCGCCGGCGCGCUCCUCGGCUUCGCCUAUCCGCUCGUCGUGUACGCGCGCCUGCCCGACGGCUGGUGCCGCACUCCCGCCCCCCUCGCGCCUCUCGCGCUCCUCGUCGGCGCGCUGGUCGCCUUUGCGCAGCGCGCCGCCUUUCUGCUCACCGGCUUCGCCCUCUUUUUCGGCGAGGAGUACGACGAGGUAACCCGCGGCGCGGCGCGGCUCAACCCGCUGGUGGUUUGCAUGGUGACCGGCUUCAUCGCGUCCAACUUCUCGUCUGUCCGAAAGGCCCGCCUGUUCCACGCUUCGGUCACCGACCUGUCUGGCCCCGUCUACCUCCUCUUCUUCACCUUCACGGGCAUCACGAUGGACCUGGGCGUGCUGUGGCGCAACCGCUCCGCCUGCAUCCUCCUCUUUGGCGCCCGUUCGCUCUCAAUCAUCGCCGGCUCCCGCCUGGGCGGCCAGCUGGGCGGCCAGCCCGCCGAGUACUACAACCGCUACUGGAUGGCCUUUCUCACGCAGGCCGGCGUCACGCUCGGCCUCGCACAGACGGUCGCGCCGCACUUUUCGUGGGGCCCCGACUUUGCGGCCUGCAUCGUCGCGCUCGUCGUGUGCAACCAAGUCGUCGGCCCGCCCCUCUUCAAGGCUGUCAUCGGGUUCGUCAACGAGUCCAACAUCGGGUACGUCCCGGAGGCGGCCAAAGGGGUGGGCUCCCGAAUCCGCAACUUGGGAAACAUCAAAGGCCAGGGCUCCGGCCGCCCGAAGCCGCGAGCGGCGCUCUGCAUCACCGCCAACGACGGCUUGGGCGACGGCGUGACUAAGAGGCUGCGCGAGCUCGACUGGGAGGUGCUCGUGGCAGACGGCUCGCUGCACGUGACGACCGCGCUCGAUGAUGACAAGGUGAUCGGCCGAACGCUCUACAACUUGCAUGUCGCCGACGGGCAGCUGCAGGCAAAGUACUUCAAGUUUGUGGUCGGAGACCGCGUCCGGCACGGCCUCCGCGGGAUCGGCACCGUGACGGAGCACAUGGCGGACGGACGCACGCGUGUCCUCUUCGACUCUGGCGAGGAGCACAAGUACAAGCCCUCCUCGAUGUCGAAGCUCGUGUACGAGAACCUGCUCCACUCCGCGCGCUCUUCCGCGGGUCGUCCCGCGAGAGAAGAGCCGAUGGUCUCGCCCGAGCUGCGCCGCCGGCCCUCCCCGCCCCCGCCCCCGCCGCCGCCGCCCGACGCGGCGUCCGAGUCUUCACGGAAGACGAUGCGGACGCCCGCGAGGACGCCGGCAGGCCAGGCACGACGCGGAUCCACGGGUUCGGUUUCCCAGACGGCGGCGCUUCGCUCCUCUCGCUCCUCCAAGGCAGCGCCUCCUCCCCUCGGGCUGCAGCGGAGCGGCUCGAUGGGCGCGGCGAUGCUCUCUCCACCCCCAGCACAAGGCCGCGCGAGUCGCGCCGAGCUGCGGCGCUCCACUUCGUCCCUGGAGAAGGGCCUGCUCGAUCACAUGUGCCGCCAGACCCCCUCGAGCGAGGGACGCACGCUCCAGCCUCGCCUCGGGCACAGCGGCGCCGUCCAGCCCAUUGACGAGUGGUGGCAUGUGCGUACUCAGGGCUCGAGGAGCCCAACCUCCGCUUCGCCGACUCGAUGCGGCUGCUCUGGCUGGCGGCGUCGAUGAAGAACCUCGACGUGAUCCUCGUCCUCUUGCCCACCGACAGCGAGUGCCUCGAGGUGUGCCACCUCAUCAGCGAGGCGAUGCCCCUCGUCGAGCAGGCGCGGCGGCAGCGCUGGUCGAAGCCGCCGCAGGUCAUCGUCUCUCUGCGCGACGACGC